AUGCCAGCUGCUAUUGAUCCAACAUACUUUCCUAUUCCCUCUGUUGCCACGGAAAAGAAUCCAUUGGCGCCUCGUAUCUGGCCAGGCAUCUCCCCCGAAUCAACUACUGCUUUGAGGGAAGCUCUGACCGAGAAUCAGAAGAAACACCAUGUUUUCUUCAACUUUCGCGGUUUCCACAACCAUAUCCCUCAUACUCUUUUGACACUGUGGGCUCUCGGAGCAGAUGCCUCCAUUAUAAGAAAGACGUUUGAAGAGAAUAGCAAAGAUCAAAGGGAUGCGUUUGUCUCUCCCAAUCCCAUCACAAAGGAAAAUUGGAAGGAUUACUUGGGCGAUGAAAAUUACUAUCAGGCAUACCUUGAAUUCUUCAAAGCUGAAGUCAUUGCGAAGGACGUCAGCGCAAUAUUAGAAGAGUAUAUCUUUUCUGCUAGCGCUAAUGUCGGCGCUGGAGAUAAUCAUCCGGCAAUGUUGAACCGUCUCUUGGCGGGCCUUUUCCACCCCCUCAUUCAUGUUGGACUAGGUGUUGAAUUCGCUGUACCGGGUGUUUUGGCUGAAGGCCUUGCCCAGAUCGCAGUGCACAAGGCAGAAUCACCCACUUUAUUCCCUCCUUCAAUCUUUAGUGAAGGUGGUGCAGUGGAGAGCCUUGUGUCCCAAUUCGCAAGUAAAGUGGGAUUAGGGGACAAAGGCGUGACUGGAAAGGGGCUACACGCGUUCACAAUCCUUGCACGAGUUCUCGCAAAUCCCGCACUUGCCCCAGUCGAGUUAAAGAAUCCCAUGGGCUUCUACAAGGAAAACCUGGACAAUUCAGCUGAAACAAUCGUCAAGUACGUCGACGAGUGGAUUGGGGGCGGCGACAACUUGCAAGACAAGGUCAAAGAGCUCAUUUGGCUCUCUUCCUUGAUAUAUGGAGUAGGCGGAUUCGAGGGGUCUGACAAGCCUUUCAACGCCGACUUUUUCAAUGUUACUUCGUACAUCAAGCCGUCCUCUCAAGUCCUUUUAUUGAAGGGAUACCUGUCCCUGACUUUGGUAUGGUAUAUUGCACGCCAUAGGUAUCCCAUCGACAUCGCACGCUUUUUCAACGACGAGAGCUUGCUGCACCCCACCCCUCCAGGUGCCCACCCAACUCCUCACGCCGAAGCAUACCCAUCCGCCAGCUCUCCUCACGCCGUAACACCCGAACCCUGGCUCGCCAUCAUCCAAUCAACCCUCACGCAUCCAGAUGAUCAUAUAUCCAAGCUUCAGCGCGCUCUUGCUGACUACUCCUCACGCUUUGGCUCCAUACCUAAGGGAGAAUUUGCCGGAACGGAGCUCAAGGAUGCAGAGUUGAUUGAUGGGUCUUUGUUCGUGAGGGCUGCUGGGUUAUCUACAGCGAGGCUGGGCUGGGUCAGGGAGGGACAACCUCCCCUAGGAGCAGACUCCCCGGUACCUGUGGUAUGGGAUCGACGCGGACUGGGUCUACCACCGGUUUCUGACUUGUAUCCAGCUCGAAAGUAA